CGUACCUGCAGCUUUUAUGAUGAGUUGUCGCGCUGGUCUGAAACAGUUUAGAAGUUUGCGCUUUCACUUCUCUGUACUGUCGCAGCAAUCGCUGGACGUUUGUGGUCAGUCUCUGUCUAACAGUGCGAGAAGACGACAGUCAUGAUCCAUCCCCGCACGCUCAGAAUAGAUUACGGCAAAACUACGACGGUAUUAUACGUAGUUGGCUCGGAGCUAAACGUCAACCUGAACAGGAGUGCCCCUCCCACCUCCAAGUUCUUCUCCGUGAAAGGCACUGCCAAUGUUCAGUACAGCAUCAGCCCCACUCCUCGGGACACAUCCCACCUCUCUCCCAUCCCUCUCACUGAAAACUCAGUCCUGCUCAUCAGCAGGGACCAUGCCAGUCAACAUGAAAAUGAUAGCAAGCUGUCAGUCCAGUACUAUGGGGCGAAUAAAGAGGUCUUAGGGAGAGCAGUUGUGCAUCUGACAGCUGUUGAGCUCUCACUGGAUGUCGAUGCUGAUAGAGAUGGCAUCGUGGAGAAAAACAACCCUAAAAAGGGUUCUUGGAAAUGGGGUCCUAAUGGGCAUGGGGCCAUCCUUUUGGUCAACUGUGACUCAGAAAAGACCUACAAGAAGACAACAGACAGCGAGGACAAAAGCAUUUAUAAAGUGUCUGAUCUAAAGGACAUGUCUGUCAUGGUGCUGCGGACCAAAGGCCCGGGUAAACUCCCAGAGGGCUACAAACUCACCAUGCACAUCUCUCAGGGAGAUGCAGAGAGUGUUCGAGUCUUCAGAAACCGAUCCACCGAAGUGUCAAAUAGUGGCCUAUCGCAGAAACUUUACAAUCUCUUUGUGAAAGACUAUCCACUGGUGCUGAGCAGUGAUGUGCUGUCCAAGGAAGUGCCUUACCUUGGAGGCGUGGCAGAGAUGAACUUUUAUGUGGAGGGCCUGAGGUUUCCUGACAAAGACUUCAAUGGACUCGUCACCAUCAACCUUAGUCUAUUAGAACCAAUCUCGGAUGGUCUCCCUGAGACGCCGAUUUUUACUGACAAAGUUGUGUUUAAAGUGGCACCAUGGAUCAUGACACCCAACACGCUUCGACCUGUAGAGGUGUUUGUCUGCAGCACAUCUGAUAACUACCAGUUCCUGAAAGGAAUGAGGAACCUUGUUGCGAAGAGUGGGUACAAGCUGAACAUUUGUCAUGAAUAUGUAAACAGAGGUGACCGCUGGAUGCAGGAUGAACUGGAAUUUGGUUACAUCGAUUCACCUCAUCAUCGUUUUCCUGUUGUUCUGGAUUCCCCGAGAGAUGGCGAGCUAGCAAACUUUCCAUAUGAUGAGCUGCUUGGUCCCGACUUUGGCUAUGUGACAAGGGUGGCCCUAGAUGAACAUGUGAGCAGUUUAGAUUCGUUUGGCAAUCUGGAGGUCAGUCCUCCUGUCACAGUAAAUGGAAAAAAAUACCCCCUGGGAAGAAUCAUCAUUGGGGUUGCCUUCCCUACGGCAACUAAAGGACGAAAUAUGACCAAAGUAGUUCAAGACUUUUUGUGGGCUCAGAAGGUUCAGGAGCCCAUUGCCUUGUUCUCUGACUGGCUCCUUGUUGGCCACGUGGAUGAAUUCAUGACUUUCGUUCCUGCACCUAACAGAAAGGGCUUCCGACUGCUGUUGGCCAGCCCAGACGCAGGUUACAAACUAUUCAGAGGCCUACAGAGCAGUGGACACGGACAAGCCACGUUGUUUGAUGGGUUGACAAAUGCAGAACAAAUAACACUGGAUGAAAUCCUUAAGGAUGAAAAACUCCAAGCUGAAAAUAACUAUGUACAGAGCUGCAUCGACUGGAACCGGGAUGUGUUGAAGAGGGAACUAGGCCUAGACGAUGAAGACAUCAUUGAUCUGCCAAUCCUCUUCAAACUAGUGGAGGAUGAAAAGGAGUAUAGAGCAGUAGCUUACUACCCCGACAUGGUGAACAUGAUUGUUUUGGGGAAAAACCUUGGUAUCCCAAAGCCCUUUGGCCCCAAAGUGAAGGGACGAUGUGCACUCGAGGCUGAGAUGUGCUCUCUAAUGGAAGGCCUGGGCCUCAACUGCACGUUCAUUGACGACUAUUCAUCCUACCACCAGCUGUUGGGAGAGGUCCACUGUGGGUCCAAUGUCCGCAGGGAGCCCUUUGAGUUCAAGUGGUGGAACCUGGAGAUGUAAAUAAUAUAGAUAUGACAUAGAAAGAGUUCAGCCCUAGUUGAUUUGGUGACGCCCAUCAUGAAAAUCAUUGUAUUGCCAUAGCAAACACUUCAUUGUCAUCAUUUUGUAAUGAAUACUAAAGAUCAGCAAAUGUUGCUUUACAAAAUAAGAAAUUAGAAAGGUGGUUGGUGAUAAAUGCAACUGUUUUCUAAUGUCAUGCAGAGAAUGAUGAAAACAGCUGUGGGAACAGACUACAUUGCAUUAACAGUAUCUUAAUGUAGCUCUGACACACUGUAAACAGGGUAAGUAAGGCAUGCAUGCUAUGUUUCAUGUGCCUCGAAAUGGAAUCAGUUAACAGUGAUGCAAUGGUGGACUAACUAAACGAUGAUACUAACAAAUCUACAUAUAUACAAAGAUGUACUUACAGAAUGUUAAAACACAUGUAUUUGGUAUCCAGUCUGGGAAUGGAUUUCAUAAAAAUUUGGGGGAUUUAACUUUAAAAGGAGCAGAUGGUGGUGGUUGGGUUGGUGUAUUAGAUAACUUGGAAAACAGCUUCCUUAAAGCCUUACAGAGAAUCAUCUCUGCCUUCAUGAAUGAGGAAUGCCUUUCAGUUUCUUAUCAAUCAUUUUAUAUUGAAUGUGCUUCAUUCUCACACAGAAAUACUUAAAUGGCAAACAUGAUUUUUUUUUUUGUUGCAGAAAUGAAACUUUAUUCACUUUAUGCA